AUCCUAACUUAUCAUAUCAAUCAUAUCUACCCCUCCUGCAUCAGUGCCGCCUUCAUCACCACUUUCAUCACCACCUUCACCUCACCCCCUCCCUUCCACUACCGCCAAUAAGAAAAACAAAAGCAGAUAAACAAAAGGAAAAUGUCCGGAGACCCAGCGGACUCCAUAAACGAGUUCUUUUACUCCCUAAAAACCUACUCAUUCGUCGUCGCCGACGCAAUUGAUAAACAAGCCGAUUUGCUCGCCGGCACCAUCCGCGAUACCCUCUCGAAAUCGGAAUGGAUUCCAGAGUCCGCGCGUCCCACGCCUAGGCACGUGCCGGUCCCCGAGAGAAUGCUCAACGCGGUCGGCGCAGGAAGAAGGAGUGGAUGGUGGAAUCGGAAUAUGUGGACUGUUGCGAUGGUCGCGGUUGGGGUUGCAGCGACUGUGGGCGUUGCUGGGGCUAAGAAGGCGGGCAAUGGAGGGAGGAGGGAGGUUGUUGUGAUCGCUGGGGGGAGUCCACAUGAUCCGAUCUCCAGAAGUUUGGCUUUGGAUUUGGAGAGGAGGGGAUUUAUCGUCUAUGUUGUUGUUAAUAGCAUCGAGGAUGAACAUGUUGUUGCGAAUGAAGGGAGGAGUGAUAUUAAGCCGUUGAAUAUCGAUAUUCUUGAUACUGAGAAUGCUCAAACGGCUGUGGAAAAAUUCACUUCCCAUCUUUCUACUCCGACACAAGCCUUCCCAGGGGCUCACCCUCAUAACCUUAACCUCGCUGGUGUGAUCCUGGUCCCAGAUUUAACCUAUCCAACUGGUCCUGUAGAGACCAUCCCAAUAGACCUCUGGUCCGAUACUUUAAAUCUCAAGAUCCUCUCGACGGUCGUCACGGCAAAAUCAUUUCUCCGGGUCCUCUGUGACUUCCACUCCCGCCUUCUCUUACUAACUCCAAGCGUCAUAUCCCCCCUCUCCCCACCUUUCCAUGCUCCGGAGACGGUGACGGGAUUAGCUCUUGGCGGCCUCGCCACCUCCCUUCGUCGUGAACUAGCGCCACUAGGCGUCGACGUCUGCCACUUCAAACUCGGAACCUUCGAUUGUAGCGCAAUGAUGGCCCGCCAGCAACAAGACCGCAUCAACGCCGCCAGAGCAGAAAUCCUAUCCUGGGCUGCUCCUGCUCGCGUCGCUUAUGCGAGAAAUUACAUUGCGCUGUCUCAAAAGAGUGGGAAUAGCGGACCUGCCGGAAUCAAGGGAUCGAGUUUGAGGGAGUUGCAUCUCGCGGUGUUCGAUGCACUUACAGACGAGAAACCGAGGAGGGUUUGGAGGGUUGGGAGCGGGAGCAUGAUUUACGAAGUGCUUGGUAAGGUUAUGCCGGACGGGCUGGCUUCGUGGAUGCUUGGUUCCACAAGAACGAAUGGGAAUGGGGGAAAGAGGGAGGGGACGAUUAUGGGACUUGGUGGGGUCGGAAGUGCUAGUGGGAGUGCGGGAACGAGUGAGGGGAGUGUGGAAUGGGAGAGGGUUUGACAAUGGGAUGAAUUCGUGGGAUGAGCUCGGUGAGCAUAUGUGGGAGUACUCGAGUACGGAUAGGUUCCGUUGAAACAAUUCUCUGCUUGGUCUUUGUGUGGGGAGCUUUUUGCUUGCUUUCUGUGCUGAUAUGUAUGCUCUCUCUCUCUCUCUUUGGGGGUUGUCUAUUCUAAUUCGCCGCGGUGGUCUGAAAUCGCCUGAGAAUUGUUAUAUGGGCUUUUGGGGUUGGUUUCGUUUUUGUAAUGUAGUUUGUGAUUUUCCUAUUUUAUAUUAUAUUUGGAGCUCAAUUGCUUGUCAUUUUAACUAGUGGUGUGGCGGUAAAAACAUUAUCAAAGCCAAGCGCCGCGGGAAUGUCAAACUAGUUAGUUCUACUCAG